CCGCCUUCUGGGGCCUGGCCGGGCUCCCUGGCGGGCUUCGCCGACGAGCUGCUGGAAGCUCUGCCGCGAGAGGUGCACUCGGACACCGAGCGCAGCGAGAUCUGGCAGAGUCCGGCCUACGCCGACCCCGCCGACGACCACCCUGAGCGCGCUGCCUGCUUCGUAGAGGCCCACUCCGACACCGAGCGCAGCGAGACAUGGCAGAGCCCCGCCGACCCCGCCGACGCCCACGUCCAGCGCGCCGCGGGCUCUGCUGAG